CGAGAGGACAUAUCAUCACAUCAUCUCUUCAUGUCGCCUGGCUGCAGUGGCAGCGAUCGCUUGACUUGAUGGCAAAGGUGAAGAAAUCUCAUUUGAAAAGCAAGAAAGCCAAAGCGAAGGCAAAACAGGCUGACAAAAAUCGCGCUGAUGGCGACGGCAUGGUCGAUGUGCCCAAAGAGUCGAGACAUGAACUCAAGAGGCGGCAUGCUGCUGAACGGAAAGCUUUGCAGGCCAAGAUUGUGGAGCUGAAGCGGCAGCGCAAGAAGCUUCCGAAGAAGAAGAACAAGGACGACAAGAAGGCCCUGAGCGAAGAAAUCAAGAGCCUGACCAGCGCGCUCAAGAAGCGUCAUGCGGACGAGCUGCAGCACUCGGGCCUGAACGUACAGGAGGGAGAAGAUGAAAGCGGUUCAGAGGAUUUUGAAGAAGACGACGAAGAUAUCUAAAA